AUGUCUCAACCAGUUGCCAUCAUCACCGGCGCGUCGUCAGGAAUGGGGUUUGCCGUGACGAAACAUCUCGUUGCAAACGGAUGGCGAGUUGUUAUGGCAGAUAUCGCCGAAGAGUCCGGAAAAAGCGUGGCAGCCGAACUGGGAGAUCAAGUUUUAUUCUGCCUGACGGAUGUCAGUUCCUAUUCGCAACAAGCCGAUUUAUUUAAAAAGGCAUUCUCCUGGGGAGGCGGCAGACUAGAUCUUUUUGCUGGAAAUGCUGGAAUUGCUGACACGCAAUUCCUCUAUGAAAAUGAUUACCAGUAUGACGAAAAUGGUAUCCCACUUCCUUUGAAUCUAAAGGUCAUGGACGUGAAUUUCACCGCCGUCGUACAGGGUAUUUGGCUCUUCAAACAUUAUGCCCGGCAAAAUAAAAGCCCUGGUGGGAAGGUCGUUAUAACGUCGUCUUCUGCAGGGCUGUAUCAAAUGGCCACGAACCCCAUAUACACAGCCUCAAAGCAUGCUCUAGUUGGGCUCACUAGAGCACUGGCACCGGUACUCGAUCAGCAGAAUAUACAGGUCAACGCCAUUUGUCCGGCCUUUGUACCCACUGCGCUCUGUCCGAAAGAUAUGCUAGAUCGCUUUCCAAAAGAGCAUAUUACUCCAAUGUCGACCAUCAUAAAGGCGUACGAUACGUUUCUCAAAGAUGAUACGCUUAAUGGGCAAACAGUGGAACUCAGUCAGGAUCAGCUAUAUUUUCGCACCAAACCUGACUAUCCAAACGAAAGCCAACGUUGGCUGGGAGAAGACUCAGCAAGCUUUUGGGAAGAAGCUUACAAGGAACCUGUUUCAUGA